ACCGAUCAUCAAAUUAAGGAAUUUAUGCAAGGUAAAGGGAAAGAUCAUAGUAAACCGUAUGUGGAAUUGAGUAACCGUAUACCUGAAUUUUCCUCAAAACAAAUAUGUUAUAGAUGGAACUAUAUUAAGCAUCGCGUUACAGAUGAUCCAUUUACGCAGAAAGAAAAGGAAUUCAUCUCUAAAUGGAUAAAAGAAAACGAUGAAGUAUCCUACAAUAUUAAAUGGUCUCGUUGCCAAAAGAAAAUGGAGAAAAAAUUCAAUAAAUUCCGUACUGUCGAUAGUAUCCAAAGGUUGUGGUUUACACAUUGUAAACACAGAGAAAGUCGUGUCAAAAAAAUCAAAAUUCCUGGUACUAAUGUCAUUAACUUUAAUCGUAAACGUGCCAAACGACCUCGUAAAACUACCCGUGUCAUCCCCUCUACUAUUGUCUUCUCUACUUUCCCUCAUCUUCAACUUCAUCCUCAUUUACCAACUCUAAUUCCUAGUUUUCAACCAGAAAUUAAUAUUCCGAAAAUGAUGCCAUUGUUUUAA